AUGGUCAGAAAGUAUUGCAUUGUACCUCUGUGUACAAAUUCAAGUGAAAAAACACCUGACAAGCUGUUUUUUAAUGUCCCGAAAAAGGAUGAAAUAAGAAAAAAGUGGUUAAAGGCGACAAGAAGAACAGAUCCUCUCAAAGUCACCAGUAGUAUUCAUUGUUGUGAAGAUCAUUUUGAUGUUGAAAACGACAUGGACAACUAUGUCAAGUAUAAGCUAGUAGGAGGACGGCUGAAACUUAAAGAAGGUGUAGUACCUCACAAGUUUGCAUGUCAAAAGCAAUUAAAUGAGACACCUGUACGGUCCCUUAUAGAAAAAGAUAAAAAAGAUGAAAUUAUUAAGAAAAUUCGGAGUGAAGAUAUAAGAGUAGAUGUUGCUUCUACUUCAUACAAUAUUGAACACACAAUUGAUGUCCACAUUGUAAAUUCUACAGAAGUUGAAGAGGAUCCUCUGAAAGAUGCGACAGUUGAUGAUAAUUUAGACUAUACCAGGGACAAAUCUGUUAAGAAACAGCAUAAAAAAAUUCAGGUAGACAUAAAAAAGAAAGUUCAUCACAAAGGUACUACAACUGAUGAUAAGCUUUUUUUAUGUGCCUGCAAACAAAAAUAA